UGAAAAUGAACAACAGAAUCCUUCACACUUCGUUGUUCGCAAUUCUCUGCAUUAAUACUAAAUUAAAUUUUGUAAAUGGUAUUUGUGAAGAUUGGUCAAUUUGCGAGUUAGUUGAUUGUGCAAAACCACAAAAUCCUUGUCCAAAGGACAAACCCUAUUUGGUUUAUGAUGAUUGCGGAUGCUGCCAAUUUUGUAGUGAAAACCCGAAAACUGGACCUUGUGGCACUUGCGGUAAAGAUUUAGUAUGUAAAGAUGAUAACCCCUAUCCCACAUGCAAAAGAAAUCAAAUAAUAAGUAUUGACUAUUGUGGUUGCUGCAGAGUAUGCAAGACGGUUGUUGGUGAAGGAGGAAAAUGCUCUGACAAAGGACCAUCUUAUACAGUAUGCAAAAAAGGAUUGAAAUGUAUUGAUGGAACUUGCAGAAAAUCAUGUUGACCCUUUAUCACCUAUAUUUCUAUUUUUUGCUAAAUAUAUUAUGGAAGUGAAGUACCUACCUACUUGGUUAAUUGUUUGAAUUUGGCACGAGCCAGCACAGUUUCCCUUGCAGUAGCACCGCAACAAGAAAAUAUGCUCUUCGGUGCCGAUAAGGCAUCCAUCCAUUUGCCACACGAAGAUACC